AUGCAGUAUAACACGACAUACUACUACGAGGUCGGGGUCGGAAACACCACACGACAAUUUUCGUUUAUAACUCCUCCACCAGUUGGCCUUGAUGUUCCUUAUACAUUUGGUCUCAUAGCGGAUCUUGGUCAGACUUUGAAUUCAAAUACCACACUCACUCAUUACCAAAUGAACCCUUUGAAAGGGCAAACAGUGUUGUAUGUUGGUGACUUCUCUUAUGCAGAUAACUAUCCAUUUCAUGACAACACUAGGUGGGAUACAUGGGGCAGAUUCAUAGAAAGAAGUGCUGCUUAUCAACCUUGGAUAUGGACAGUAGGAAACCAUGAGAUUGACUUGGAUAUUCAAUAUGGUGAAACUGUGCCUUACAAGCCCUUUACAAACCGAUUUCAGACGCCAUAUAAUUCUUCAAGUAGUAUUUCACCAUUUUGGUACUCAAUCAAGCGAGCUUCUGCAUAUAUCAUCGUUAUUGCUUCAUAUUCAGCAUUUGGAAAGUACAGUCCUCAAUACACUUGGCUUCUAAAUGAACUACCCAAAGUAAAUAGGACUGAGACACCAUGGUUGAUCGUCCUUGUGCAUUCACCAUUUUAUAACAGCUACCUCUUCAAUAUAGAAGGAGAACCUAUGAGAGUAGUAUUUGAACCAUUUUUCGUACAAUACAAAGUUGACGUCGUAUUUGCUGGCCAUGUUCAUGCAUAUGAAAGAUUUGAACGAGUAUCAAACAUUGCAUACAACAUUACAAAUGGCCUAUGCACACCUAUAAGCAAUCCAAAUGCACCUGUAUACAUAACAAUUGGUGAUGGAGGAAAUAUAGAAGGCCUAUCAGCUAUGGGAUAUCCGCAGCCAUUUUAUUCUGUGUUUCGUGAAAUGAGUUAUGGUCAUGGCAUUUUUUCUAUUAAGAACCGGACCCAUGCUUUCUUUGCAUGGAAUCGAAAUCAAGAUGGUUAUGCUGUAGAAGCAGAUUCAUUAUGGUUCCACAACAGAUACUGGUAUCCAGUGAAUGAAACCACCACUCCAGUGUGAUUGUAAACGAGUCUUCUUCACUUUGUUUCUAAAGAAUAAGUAUCAGUCACUAGUUAUAUGUGAUCGAUAUUUUCCCUUUUUGCUACCCCAUGU